AUGCUAUUCGCAGAAUCUGAAUUUAUCAACAGUUCUUUAUCACCAUUAUCAUCAACCUUAUCACUACCAUCCUCAACCUUCAUACCUCUUUCAUACGAAUUCAUACGAACUCAUUAUGCUGCACAGCCAUUACAAAAUCUCAUCCUUACAACAUCAGUUAAUUUACCUAAUAUUGCUUUAAAAAAUAUGAAUCAAUUUGAAACGGAUCAAAAUGAUUUAACUAAUCAUAGCGAUAUCACCAGAUUACAGCAGGCUGCAGGCAGGACGAACCAAAAUUUACAAUCACUGACAACACACCGUAAAGGAUUGCUUGAUUAUUAUAAUACAAAACAGACCGAGAAAUCAGGUAGUAAGGUACAAGUGAUAUCAAAUAUUGAUAAUCAGUUAUGGCCUUCUCAUAAAUCCAUUCCAGAAGAUGUGAAAGAAGAAGGACAAUGGUAUCAUGAUCGUAAUGAUAUCGAUUAUAAUGCAGAAGAAUUGAGAAUCGAGUCAACAUUACGAUCACCUCAUGUGAAACAUCAUGAAUUACUUGACCUGAAUGAUACUAUCUCGCAUAUUUCCGAGGUCACCAAUGAUUCAACUUUAUAUCCUUUUACAGUAAAACUGGGAUUUGGUAUUGGUUUAUUAUUGUUAUUUCUCAUACUGAUCAUAUUUCGUAUUAUUAUGCAUCGAGAAUGGUUACGACAAAAUUCGCAAUCAGAAAAUGAUAUAAAUCACAAUUCAUAUGAGUGGAAUUUUUGCCUUCAUUGUGGUUUGAUUGGAAAAACGACAAUGAAGAAAAUGACCAAUGUCAGUAUCGGAAGAUUACAGAAUUAUUAUAAAGAUGAAAAUGAUCGAUAUCAUAAACGUAUUCAUGAUGUCGAAAAUUUAUGGCUGCUAGAGAAAUCUCGAUUGGUUGUAUUCCAUGAAAUGAAACUUGGUUCUGGAGCAUUUUGCAACGUUUACAAAGGUGCCAUUGAAGGAUUGGCACCAAUUUGUAAAGUAAAUCCAUCAUUGACAACUUAUGGAACAUUCAAAGAUUGCAUGUGUGCCAUUAAAAUGCUUUCAUCUACUGCAGAUGAUAGUGCAUAUGCAGACUUCAUGCAGGAAAUAAAAUUUAUGAAAUCACUGAAGUAUCAUCCACAUUUGGUAAGUAUGCUUGGGAUAAGUAUCGAUGAUAAUGGUAACAUUAUGCUUCUCAUCGAAUACUGUGAUUUGGGUGAUCUUCUACAUUUGGUACGAAACAAAAAAGGCGAAAUUAUUAUGAAUUAUACGAACGAACAUUCAAAAUUACGAAUCAAAGAUUUAAUAUCAUUUUCAUGGCAAAUCAGUAAUGGAUUAGAAUAUUUGAGUAACAUAGGAUGCGUACAUCGUGAUAUAGCUGCUCGCAAUGUACUUGUCAACGCUACAAAUAUUUGCAAGAUAGCUGAUUUUGGAUUGUGUCGGUUAUCCGAAUCGUUUAUUUACACAGGUCACGGUAGAAGGUUACCGUUAAAAUGGAUGGCACCGGAAUCAUUACGAUCAUAUGAAUAUUCAAUUAAAACCGAUGUAUGGUCUUAUGGUGUGUUGCUUUACGAAGUAUUUUCGUUUGGUGAAGUACCUUAUGCACCUUUGCAGGCAACCGAAAUUCUUGAUUUUUUAAAUUCUGGCGCUCGUCUUCGCCAACCUCAAUAUUGUCCAAUUAAUGUAUAUACGCUUAUGCUUCAAUGCUGGCAAGAUGAACCAUCGUUACGGCCUACUUUCACAGAGAUUUGUUCCAUUUUAAGUGUGAUUCUGGAAGAUAACUUCCAGAAUUAUGGAUAUAUCAGUGCGAUUAAUGGGAAUGGAAAUUCUAUCAACAUUGAUUGA